AUGACGAUGAACGGACAUCGACAAAUGAAUACAACAUCAAGUCGAAUUUUAAUUGAUGUUCCAUGUAAAGUUUGUAAUGAUAAUUCAUCUGGUAAACAUUAUGGAAUAUUUGCAUGUGAUGGUUGUGCGGGUUUUUUCAAACGAUCUAUACGACGAAAUCGUCAAUAUACAUGUAAAAAUCAUGGUUUAGGAAAUUGUCCUGUUGAUAAAACUCAUCGAAAUCAAUGUCGAAGUUGUCGUUUAAGACGUUGUUUAGAAUCUGGAAUGAAUAAAGAAGCUGUACAACAUGAACGUGGACCAAGAAAUUCAACAAUAAAAAAACAAAUGGCUUUAUUAAUUAAAGAAUCUAAUGAUAUAAUAAAUGCAUAUCAUUUUCAUCGUUAUCAAUCAAUGUCAUUUCAUCAUCAAUCAAUUCCAAAAUAUCCAAUUAUUGAUCAUCAUGAAUUAGCAGCUAAAAUAUUAUUUAAUGCAAUUAAUUGGACUAAAACAGUACCAGCAUUUAUAUCAUUAUCCAAUCGUGAUCAACUUUGCUUACUUGAAGAAAGUUGGCGUGAUUUAUUUAUAUUAACUGCUGUUGAACAACAAUUUACAAUUAAUGUAAAUGAAUUUAUUUAUUUAAAUAAUCAAUAUGAAAUAUUUAAAACAGAUAUUGAAAAUUUUCAAGAUAUUUUAAAUAAAUUAAAACAUAUGAAAAUUGAUACAAAUGAAUUAAUUUAUUUAAAAAAUUUUGUUUUAUUUAAAACAUAUUUAAAUAAUUGUCAAACAAUAAUUAAUCCACAAUUAAAUGAUAUAUAUACAAUUAAUUAUUUACAUAAUCAAGCACAAAUAUUAUUAAAUACAUAUAUUAAUAAACAAUAUCCAUGUGAAGAAAAUCGUUAUUUAAAAUUAUUAACAUUAAUAUCAUCGUUUCGUUUAAUAUCAUCAUCAAUAAUCGAAGAAAUUUUUUUUCGAAAAACUAUUGGAGAUAAAACUCAUAUGGAACAACUUGUUAAAGAUAUGUAUAAAAUGGUUGUUAAUUCAUAA